AUGAGCCCGUUAUUAUUACUUGUCUGCGGUGAGAUUCCACACAAGAAAAAGACUGGAACGACUACUAGAUGCAAAAUGGCGGACAAAGCAGCGGAAGAAUCCCAGGUAAAUCUCGGAGCAUUUUUUCAGGCCUUAAGUCUGUUUAAAUUCAUCUUCUCCACCGUUGAACCCAUAAAUUUUUUAAUCUUAUAUUGAUUAGCUCUACCUUACUUUGAAUAAAAUGGUUUGAUUGGUUUGUUUUAGUUUACGAAAUAUGGUAUGCAUGCACGUUUUUGUAAAUUUAUCCAAUUGAUUAACGCACAAACUCACAUUUUGAUUUUAUAAGUGUACUUUCAUAAUUUUUUUUUAAUUUGCCUGAAAACAAGAGUUUAAGGCUUCGUCUGCAGUCUUUUCUGAGUGGCAAGGAUGAAACAGGGAAAAUCUUGUCCAACGCUGAGAAAACACAGUGUGCGAUUGCACUGCUGCACUCUCUUCCUUGUGCAAGACAUGCCGUUUUAGAGCAACUCUGCGAUGUGUUUCAUGAAGCUGUUCAAAAACAUAUGGUAGAGUUAGAAAGGCAAGCAUUAUCUGGUACGUUUUUUUUCUAUGUGUGUUUGCAUAUUUGUCUACAGCUGUGCACUCCGUAAGAUAAUACAGCUGAUUUUUCUGUUGUUGUUGAAUUUCAAAUUCUAACUUAGCCCGGUAACAUUUUUGUUGUUGCACUUUGUCCAUUGGCAGGUAAUAUGCUUAAGAAGCUCUCUUACUAUGUGGAGAUUGAUUUUGAAAAGAGUUUGCAAUUAUCCUUCUUAUAGUAGAGUGGUUUCAUGAUUGUACAGUUUUACAAACUACACAAGCACAUCAUUUUCAUUUUCUGAAUGGAUGGAACCAUCCCAAUGUUAUAGGGGGAAGCUUCAGUGCUUUUAAGAAAUUAUGGUUGUGUGUAUGUGUGUGUGUGUAAAUGUGAUAUAUGUCAUGUGUUAUAUGUCACUGAUGUAUAUUUGACUGUAGAACCUCAUGUAGUGUCUGCCAUCUUUAGACUGUAAUAAGUUCUAUCAUCAGGGAUGGGUGGUGAGAGAGGUCUAAGUAUAAAUUUCAUUAAGUCUCAAAAAGAACAUUUGAUCAAACAAAUGCAUAAAGAAGACUAUUUUGAGGUUAGUUUCUUAAUGCAUUUAAGGGACUACAGCUGCCUGUCAUAGAGACACCCUGGACCCUGAGUUAACAUCUGCUUUACAGAAUGUCAGUGAAGUUGUAUGCAGAUUUGUUGAUAAUAACCCUACUGCCUGGGCACCACUUAUUUGUCAGGUAAUACUGACAGUGUUCAGAUAGUUUGAUUUUAAGGUUAUGAAUGUAGUGGCUUGUCUUUUUGCAUCUUUGCUGUCAUCUUCCUCCUGAGCUGGGCAAAUUACAUUAUUCUAUUAUGAGCUUCUAUUGAUCUGAAGAGGUAGACUCUCUCUACCUGUAGUUUUUAUGUUUUCCUUUCUUCCUUUUUUGCUUUUAAUUUUUAAAAAUUUUGUUUCAUUUAUUUUUUCUUUGGUUUCUUUUCUCUUUUUGUUACUGAUUAUUUAAUUGUAACAAAAGCAAACUCUUCAAGAACCUUACUUCAGUGUCUUUGAGUGUAGUGUAGUGAUACAAAUUGUAUGAAUAUGUAUGGCAUAUGACCUUGUAAUUUAUUAUAACUGCAGUUUUUAAUUUUGGAAUAAACCAGAACCUUCUCAGGACCACUUUCCAGUUAAUUACAAGUGAAAAUAAAUAGAAAUUAUUUUGCAUUAUGCACCUAUUAAAACUCGUAAUCUAUUUUUUUAUUUCUAUGUAGUGGUCUUUGAACCUUCUUGGGCAAGUUGUCACAAAGAAUAAUGGAAGGAGAGGUCAGUUUGACCAGCAUUUUGAUGAUCUAGCUGAAUAUUUACACCCUUACACCCUUACACCCCUUGCCCAUCUAAUUGGAUGAUAAAAGAUUUAUGCAAAUGUCUAUACUUGUGACAAAAACAAAUUUCUUUCAUCUUUUUUUAAUAUCAUGAAUAAUUAUAUUUUCAUUACAGCCACUGGCAUAACUUUGUCUCUAAGUGAGGGUCUUCAUAAGUGGAUGUUAUUUCCUGCUGUUCAAAGAUUGAUGGAUAUUACAGUCCAUUGCAGUGCUAAAUUGUAAGCUACCUGUAUGUUUGUAUGCAUGCAGUGUAACAUAUUUCUUGUCAGUGUAAGAAUGGCUUGAGGGUAAUUUUGCUUCAUAAGGUGUUUUAUUCAGCUCUACGAAUAAUUCAUAGUUAUUUAAAAAUGCAAAGUAAUGCACCUACAUGUAAUGUUUUCAUUACAGAAGGCAGACAUGAUCAUAGUCAAUUGUUGUUAUUUAAAUCUUGUUAAAAAAAAAAAACAACAACCAAACAAAUGAUUAUUGAGUUCCUUUUAGUUCAAUUUUAACUUUUUAUCAAUAGCAACUAUUGUUUUAAAAUUUUUUAUUUGCCAGAGUUAGCCGUGGUGAGGCUGACGUAUGUGUGCAGUGUCUGCUUCAAAUAGCAAUGAACAGCUCUCCUCAUUUGGACUGGGUUGUAGCUCAUAUUGGGUAUGUGUAUGAGAUUUUCCUCUGUUUAUGGAGAGAAUCCUAGCACAUAUAUCAUGGCACCAUGCACAGAAAUACUUUACUAGUUCUUUGUAGGCCAAAUGUGUAAGAAUCAGAGCUUCCCGAAAUUAUUAUGCUUGUCAAAGUCACUGCAAGUCAGUUAUUAAGUUUUAAUCAUUCUUUUAACAACCCUUGGCAUGUAUUCAUGUCUAAACACAUGUGAAUGCCCAUUGAACUGUUUUAGCUGAUUUCUAAACAGGUCUGUGUACAUUUAAUGUAAAUUUAUAGUAACGUAAUAAAUGUGAUUUUAAUGUAAAUUUACUAUAACAGCAUAAUAAAUUAACUUAAAUUUGUAAUAAUGUAAUAAAUGUGAUUUUAAUGUAAACUAUAAUAAUGUAAUAAAUUAAUGUGAUUUACAAGUAUAGUACAGUAACUUUUGUGAACAUCAUCAGUACAUCAGUCUCUAUUAAUGAUCUAUUGUUUAUGAGGUGAAUAUUAAAAUACACAUUUUUUGCUGCAGGUCUCAUUUCCAUCAGGUCUUUAUUCCUAAGUUGCUGUCUGCUGCACUUAAAGAAUACACAGCAAGUCAUUCCCCAGGGGGAGGGGGUGGUGAUACCUUUGUCAUGACCCCUACUGUAGUGCAUGUUCUAACAUACCUUUCUCUUCAACAUUCCCAAGAAGUCAAGAAUAACCUGCUAGCCAUGUUUCAUGUAAGUGAAGCUGUUCUUGCUCUCUCUUAGUUACAAACCAAAGAAAAAAAAUCAGCUGCUUUGAAGAAUUCAGAACCAAAGAAAAAUUUGAACCCCAGCAUGAAUAUGUUUAUCAAGACUGGUUUCAAGUAUUUUUGUGUUUAUGAUUUUCAGGAAAGUAUCGCAACCUCUCCAAAGUCCAAUGUUGAAAGAGAAGAACGGUUAUCCACUCUUCCUUUUCUUCUACACAUUGCUACAUCAUCACCUGACUUACUGAGAGGAACUAUCACUGAAUUUAUUACUGCCUGUAAGUAUUGUUUUGUUUCUUUUUGGGUUUGAUUAUCAUGGGGUGAAUUCAUUUUAAAUUUAUUUUCAUAGGAGCCCUAAGACCCUGCCCUCACCUUUCCUUUCAUUGAAAAACAUUUGAAAAAAUCCAUGUAUAAGUGCUUGUAAGUCAUGGUCUAAGUACAUGUAGGGCAAGAAAAAGGUGAAUGGCCAUUGUUGCAGCUCUGUGAUAUGCUAGCUGAAAUGAGAAAGGAGGGAAGAGAAUUGAUGUGUGUCUGUAGUUAAAUACUUAUUGACUGAGUCAGAUCAUGCCAGAUGGUAUAAUGUUUGGGUUUUGGUCGUGACACAUUACAGAUCUUGUUGCACCUUGUCCAUACUUGAUGACCUCAAGCUAAAUAUUUUCUAUCAGGUCCUCCUACUUAGUCAAUAAGUAUGUGCACAUAGUACAAAUUGUGUACUAUUUCAUUCUUUUAAUUUCUUAGUUAGUAUGGAGCAGCUUGCAAAAAGACCAAACUUUGUGGUGGGAAUUUUAGUUUUGAUGUUUGAACCAUCGAAUGUGAUUUGCAAAAUUAUAUUGAGAUGAUAUAUAAUGGGAAUCAUACAGCUGUUCUUAAUAUUAGGUUUACAAUUAGGUAAAUACCAAAGUAAUACAGUUAUGUUGUAAAAUUAUGUUAUGUUCAAAUUUUUUCUUGUUACAAGUUUUCAAAUCAGUUUCUUUCUAGUUGUAAUAUAAAACCUUAAAGUUUGUUUCAAACAAUGAUUCAUUUUAAUUACAAGGCAAAUUAGAAACAUGAAAAUUAAACUGUUUCAAAACAUUUACAGUCCAGUAAUGAUGGUAAUGCCUGUUGAUUUAGUUGACUGAACAUGUAUUGCUGUUAAAUUUAUUUUUUCCUAUUUUUUAGUGACUCCUGAAGUCCUUCUUCAGUUGCUGGAGCAGUCUAAGAAGAGAGGGGACUGGAAAAUUAGGUAAAAAAAUUUCAAAUCAGAUGAAUAAAGCUGCUGCAGUAGUUUGACCGGAUUAUACUGUAGCUAGUCACACAUAAUUUUUAUCACACACAAACAAAAUAAUAUUUCCAGCACUUUGAUUUGUUUCUCACCAUACUAAUUAUUGAAAAUUUGUUUGUUUGUUUGUUUGUUUGUUUUCUUAGUCCCUCCUUUAUGUGGAAAACUUUAUAUUUUGCACUAGAUUGCACAUUCCAAAUAUGCAUGCAGUGUCACUCAGCUUUAUCAUCAUUUAGUAGCACAUUACCAUUUACAUAUAGAAUUAGAGAAUUGUUUGACUUUAACUUUUAGUUCAAUACUAUCCAUUGCCCAAUAAGGAAAUUAUUUUUAUUUAUUGAAAACUUCUUGAAGAUUUUACUUCCCCCCCAAUGUUCUUCAGCUUGGUGUCAUCAGUUGUCAAUGUCAUAAAGAACAUGGAGGAAGGAGCACUUGAAGUGUUUCAGCUUCUUCUUGAAAACUGUCAGAAGCCUACAGAUAGAGGUAUCAGUUAAAAUACAAAAUUCGGUGUUACUUUUUCCAUAUGCUGCCUGUUUUAGGAAAGAUUUCCUUUAGAUUUUGCUUAUUCAUUAGUACUACUGACAGUACUAACAGUGUUCAUCAGAACUACAGCACUAACAGUAUGUCAGAAUACACUAUUAAUACACACCAUGUUUGUGGAAUAGUUUGCUCGCUGAAUUGCAUGCUAUCCCAUCAUUGACAAUUUUUAAAUGCGAAUCUCAGUGUUUAUGAGCAUUAUUUAACCUGAUUUGUUUUAUUUUAUUGUAAGUCUCAUUUACAUUUUACAUGGUAGGCUUAGGUUGUUAUAGAAUAGUUUUAUCGGUGAAUCAUUGUAGAGCACUACUGAUCAUUUCUAACAAAAAUGAUCAGUAGUGCCUUACAAUGAUUCACAUAGUAUAGUAACUGUAUGUAAAUCACACAACAAAAUACUCAAAUUUUUAUUAUUAUAAUUAUUAUUAUUAUUAUUAUUAAAUGUUUGGGUGAAGACUGUAUGAAAUCUCUACAUGUAUUUCAUAUGACAAAAGUGUUUUGAAGCUUUUGAUUGAGAGAAAGUGCUCUGAAAGUAACAGAAUGGAAAAAAUGGAGACUGCAUUUGCAGCAAAACAUUCAAUCAAAUGAAUUCUUGAAAUCAUUUCCAAGAGAGCAUGAAGUUCUAACAAUGGUCACUCUAUGUAAUUUUUAUAGUAUGUUGAAUAAUUUCUGGAUGCAUGUUAGUUAAUAUACAUUACACAAGUUUCUUGCAUGCAUUUGAAAAUUGCUUAUUUCCCAUUGAAUAGUCUUGUACUGUAUAAAAUAAAAGAGCAUCUUACUGUCAAUAAUUUGUGGUCUUGUAUUUCAUAACUAAUUGCAGAGUCAAAGGAGGUUGAUUUGGCUCAAGCUGAAUUGCAGAAAACAUUCAGUUUAACGAUGGUGAGUUAUGCAACUUAAUUAAUAAGAAAGAUGGGGAAUAAGUUGAUUGAUAUAUAUGUCAUGAUGUGCUCUUAGAUCUCAUAUUAACCAUUGUAAUGAAUGAUACAGUAUUGACUUGAAUUAUAUGUCUUUUCCUUUGUACUUGAAAAAAGAAAUUUAAUUCAAAUGAUGUAAAUUUGCAGGGAUUACUGCUGACUAGACUUAAAGACAUUGCUAUAGAGAGGCACAGCCUGUUUUACAAGAACACAACCAUAGCUUCACUUGACACUAGAAAAACAGAGAGUGAAUUUCUUACAGAAAUGGCUCAUCACACAAAAGAUCUGUGCCAGGCACUUAUCUCGUCAACUGGGAACAAGUUAGUACUCCAGAAAAACAUCUUUUCUGCUUUAUGACAAAAAGUUCCAUCGUGUAUGUGAAAAUUUAAGUUGAGGACAUGAUUAGUUUAUUUUUUUGUAUGUGCAUGUUUUUAAGCAAGCCUCCUUGGCCAAUAGAUCUUUUUUAAUUAAAUUUUUAAUUUCUUGGAGUCAAAAUGAAGUUUUAUUUCAUAACCAUUAUGUACACUAUAAGACAGUGCUGCUUAAUUUUCUCUAGUGUCCUUUGACUUUUAAUUCCCAAAAGUGGUUAAGAUGCAACUUCUCCCUAUAAUAUCCAUACAUAUAUCCACCCAACAGGUAAUGAGAAUAACAAGAUAAUUUGAUAUUAUCAACUGAGGUGAUAACAUAAAUUGGCCACCAUUAAGAGUUUCAAAGCUGACGUUUCGGGCAUUGGCUUUUUGUUAAACAUCACCUUUGAAACUCUCAACAGUGGCCAAUUUACAACAUCAACUCAGGUGAUGAUACCAAAUUACCUUCAUUGUUAUACUCUCUCACCAAUGUAGCACCACAUGCAGUUAUUUUAAUGAGAAUACUCAAACUUAUCAGGAAGAAGUUAUCUUGAUCAAACACCAAAUUCUCAUAACUAAUUCACAAGGAUAUGUGUAAAGCAGCUAGAGAAGAGAAUUAAUGCUCAGAUCUUGUGAGUUAAAGGGUUAAAGAACCUCUACAUUCUUUAACUAGCCACAUAACAGAAGAGCUGAAAAAUAUGGUUUUUUGUGACAAUCAUUUCAUUUUAUCAACAUUUUAACAACCUGCACCAAAGGAAUCAUGAUCAAACUCUUGUACUGAGUCAUUAUACUGAGUGAAUACAGAAUGAUUGUAUUCUCUGUGAUCAGCCUCUGCAUGCCUAUCAUCUAUAAUAAUACAGUCAAUCUAACAUCAAAGAAAUAUCAUAAUUAUUAUAAGUGUUGACUUCUUUGUUUUAACCCUGUAGUUUCUAGGUUUCAAUAUUAAUAUUUUUGAAGAUUUUGCAAGAUUUCACAGUUUUUUCAACUUGGAAGAUAGAAAAGUGGAAAAAAACUGGAAGUGCAAAAAGUUCAAUUAAUUAUGUGUCUUGAUUAUGCCCAUACAAAUGUACAUGUACAUCUCAAUGGAGAAGUGGUCAAGUCAUUUAAAAAACUUUUAAUUUUUAUGUUUACAGGGUUUCUAACACUUUUCAAAUGUUAGUCACCAUUGCCAUUUACAGUGGAAGAACUUUAGCAGCAGGGAUUCUCAACCAUGUUCUGCUGAAUAGUAGAUCCAGUCAAUCAGUAAGAUGUCAUCAAUUUGUAACUUAAAUGAAGUAGAUAAGUAUUAGCCUCUAUUUGGCGCAAAAAUAUGCACAUAUAAUUGUCUGCUGACAUUAUCUGGUCUGAGAUGUAAACAGUUCUCUGACACUGCCUCCCUCCCUCCCCCCUUUAAAGGGUUAAGAGCUAAUUUAUAAAUAGCUGAAUUUUCUAAGAUUUUACAACUUUCUGUAAGUGUACUUGAAGUAUCUGAAGUGUCAAAGGAAAGACAGGCAUUGCUGCAGAGGAAGGAGAGCGGGGGGAGAGGGGUUGCAUGCAAUGUGCAAUAGCAUCAGAUCCAUAUACAUACAUAAAUUUAGCAAAUUCUGCAAGGUGUUCUGUUUUACAAGUGUACAUAAGGACAGGUUACAGAGGCUGUAUCAGUCAGUCUCGUAUGCAGAUUCAAUUGAAUAUGAAGUGAACUGGUGCUUAAAACUGGUAAAAUUUGUGACUUUGCUUGUAAAAAGAAUUCUUUAAAAUGUUAGCAUAAUAUUAUAAAUAUGCCUGAAAUGAAAAAAAUGAUAUUAAUGAGAUGAUAUUAGAUGACAGUCAGGUUUUAGUUCCUUAGCUGUCAAUUAUCAUUCAUGACAGCCAUUUAUUUUAGGCUCUCAUUAAAAAUGAUGGAGACCAAUCAGUGGCCCAUAGAAAGCAUGUGCUGGGAAGAGGCAAUUUUCAUCAGUAGCUGAUUACACUAAAAUUUUGUCUUUUUGUCUAGAUAUUGACAGUUUACAGGUAGAGGUUUUAUCUGAUAGUGAUGGUUUGUUCUUAGCUUCAGCUAUUUGUUCAACUGCAUUGUGAUCUUGAGCUGUACUACACACAGCUGUUGGAUGAUGUUGUGAAAACAUGUCUGUCAACUGGCAAGUAUCCUGGCACUGCAUCACACUCCAAGAAGGUACUGAGCCAUCACAUUUAUCAUUGUGAGGAAGUUAAUUUUUCAGUUCCUUCAACCAAAUCAACUUUUUGAAGUUGAGUCCAGCAUUUUUAAGGUAGAAUGAAAAUGAAACUGUUGGAUCCUGAUAUUUGCACUUCUGGACUAAAAGUGGUCAGAUCUCAUGAUUAUCAAUUUUAAAAAGUGCAUUUUCCAAGUAGUUACAUCUGUCUUAUCAGUUUUCACACAAACUGGAACUUUACUUCAAGCAAAAUGAAUCCUGGAUGAGCUGAAUGCGUUUAUAAAGACGUGAGACUGAGAAAACAGUGAUAAAGACAAAUACAGACGAGAUAUAUACUAGACGAACGUAGACAAAUGUAAUCUUAUUUUGAUCAUAUCAUUACUUUUAAGUUGCUGGGUUUGUUGAGUAAUCUUCAUGAAUUAAUUUCCAUUGGAAGCAAAAAUGAAAAUCUGCUAAGGUACGUGAUAUUGCAAAUUAAAAAAAACAUUGUUGCCAAGCUUAAUAAGAGAAGACUUGUUAUGCAUUUGAAAGAGGUAAAAUCAUCUUAUGAAUAAAGAGGCCUAACUUGUGUAGUUAAUCAUCACAGGGCUAUAAACUAGAUCAAGAAAUAUAAUUGAUACAUAAAAUUUAAUAAAUGUAUGACAAAAUCAGAAAAGAGAGACAAGAACUAUGUACCACCGACCCGCACCAACCUCUCCCCCCUCUCCUUCCUGCUUUCAGGAUUUCUGUGACUGUUCACUGAUACCCGUUUACACCCUUGCAGGGUCAGGUUGUUCAAACUAUGGAUAGCACUAUCUACUGGAUAAAUACAUACUAUGCUAUACAGUGGAUAGCGUUGUAUGUAUUGUCAACACAUCCGCUGGAUAGUGUUUUAUCCAUUGGACAGCGUUAUCUGCCCCUAGAACAACUGGGCCUUGGUGGUGGGGAGAGGCAUUUGAACUCAAACCCAGGCCAUUCAAUACAGACUCCAGUGCACUAAACACAGAACAAAAGUGUUUCCCAGGAACUUUUUCAAGGAACACCUGUUUUCAUGGAUGUUAGCAUGAAUUUUAGUAUGAAGUUAAGUUUUAUUUUUAAUCAUGAACAACAAAUAUCUUAAUCUCCAACCAAUACAGGUCAAAGAUGUGUACAUCACUUCAAAGACAUCACAGCCUCCUGACUAAUUUACUGAUUCAUCCAAACUUGGACGUCUCGUUGAAGUCUCUAGAGCUUCUUCUGUCAUUGGACAGAAUUAUGCCAGACAAAGUUUCUAACAUGAUGAAAAUAUGUAGUAACUGUGUGGGGCUGUUCUACAAGUUGUUAAACAAACUGAAAAAACAAGAUGGAAGCAUAAGUGGUGAGAGCUUGUUAUUGUUUGGAUGAUCAACACUCUUCAUGGGUUUUGUGUCUGACUACUUUGUGUGAAGAUUCUGAUGAAGAAAGAAUUUCAGCAAACAAAUAAUACCCCUAAGAACUUAGCUCCUUAGCUUACAACUGCAUUUAGAUAUUUCUGUGUUUUUUCCAUUUCCUUCAUGCCAUAGUAUCAAACAGAGGGAACUUAAAGACUUGUGGCCGAUAUUCACCUCAAUUUUCUUGUCAAUUUUAAAGUGCCAAAAGUUGCUGAAAUUGUGCAAGUAGAUUUUAAUUUAGGAGGCAAACAUGGGCUAAAACCUUUUUUACCGCUGUUCUGCACUCCAUCUAAAGGGACUUAUGCAGGAAGGCAAUUAAUUAUCGCUUCCCAGUUCAUCGCCUUUCCAUUGGAACGGGAUGAAUACUUUACCUGUAUAUCUACUCCAUGAAAAGAAUUGGCACACAGAACCCACCACAGAAGAACACGUUUGUUUGUUUGUUUUUUCUGUGCAGUUUAUUUCAUGAAAACCAAGUGCUAACCUAAGGGAAAAAGUUCAAAACCAUGUUGGUCUACUAGCAAAAAUUCAGUAACCUUUAAUAAGAGCACUUUUGAAUUGACCAGAAAAAUCCAAGGGAAUCUUUUGUACCAAGCCUUUUCAUCAAACGCUACUUGUUUGAAAGGUUUUUAAUUUGUUUCUUUGCAGAAACAGUGAAGUCCAUCAAACUUUGCAGACAGAUGGUUAUUCUUCUCUCCAAAGAUGACAGAUGCAGACUUUACUUGAUGAGACUUCUGGUGGAGGGAACACUUAAAAAGGUAGGCUAACAGAAGGAAAAGAUUUCGGAAAAGUUAACCGCACCAGUUCUAUAAAUUCUAGCUCAAACUGAGACAAUACAUUUGAGCAUUUGAAUUUUUCGUAUCCCGGUAGCUUUUCAUUUUGAUAUCAUUUUGCUUUUUAUAGGAGCACGUUUCCUUAUUUGGUGGAAUUUUACCAGGUUAGUUAGAAUAUCAAACAAGCUUGAGAACUCUCAAUUCAUGCUGCUCAGAGUUUGCACUUUUAGGGAUGUGGUUGAUGUCUGGGCUGAAUUUUUUUGGUGGAUUUGCUUCAGUCUGUGCUUUAAUGUUUAGUGCCACCAAAUUAACUUAGAUGUGGACGGUUAGAGACCAUAGAGUGUGCUAUUCUGAGCAUCUUUCCAUCUGUUUGUGAAUUACAAUGAUAUUUUGUAAAAUUUAUUCGACUGGAGUAGGGACCCAUGGCUGAAUUGCAGGGACUUGUCAGCCAUGAGAAUGGUUUCUGAGACCUGAUUAGGAAAAUCCCUGAAUACCUCAGACAUUCGUCCUCCAUAAGCGUGGUAUCAGUUAAAAUAAAUUUGAAUUUUUCUCAGUUGAUGAUUUCAUACAUGCACGCUCCUGUGCCCAUUUAUUGAUUGAUUGAUUUUGCGUAACAGCUGAACCAAGUGACUCAGAGAAGGACUUAACAAAGAUUAACGUGUCAUUAUUGGAGAGAAACAGAAACCCUCAUAUCUCUUCGCACCUUCCUUUAACUCCUUCGUCGGUUUUCUUCAGUGGAAUUGUGGGUAACAUAGAGAAAAACAACAGAAUAAAGGCACCUGAGGUGAAGUACUGAUUUAACCCUGGUUUAGGUUAUUUUCUUAUUACCUUUAAUUCCACGAACAAGUUAUCUCGAAAUGAGGGAAUUUUUUUAAUAUCAUUCUGAGUUGGAAAACAUACAGACUGUAGUUGUGAUGAUGUUAAGUCAAAGAACAAAUAACGAUAAUGUAGUAUUAAAAGGCUGAUAGCAUUAAAAUAAACCAAAUAUGGACAUGAGCUGUCUUGCUUGAUCAAAUAUUUUUUUUCUAUCGUUUUGCUUUUGCGCCUAAUUUUUCGUGUCUCCAGCUAUUACUCUUGUCUCUCUUUUCCUAUUUUGUCAUAUGUUUCAUCAUUGAUUUGGUUUAUUAACUGAGGAGAGGAACUGAGCGCGAAUUGGUUCUAUAGCUGACAAGUACUGGGAGAUUCAAUUUAAAAAAAAUUGCAUUUAUUACAUUUCUUUAGCCACAAGUAUGGCAGCAGACGAGUCAAGUGUUUGUGGAUGUUGUGUACAUGCUGUGCACGUGUGACCAGGGAGAUGCAGACGGUUCUAACCUUGCUCUUCACCAUAAAUAUGUGGACUCUUUAUCGUUGCUGCUGAUGGAGCUUGUGUGUCCAGAUGUUGUACCCAUUAGCUUUGAUUGGCCAGAUGAUGAAAGUCUAAAGUUUACAAUUGAACGGUAGGUUAACAUAGGCAUGUACUCGAGGAGGUGUUUCCCUGGGAUAUCAGAUAUCUUAUAGAUUUCAAGAUCUCUUUCCCCCCUAGUGUUAAAAUUGGGAUCGUACACCCUGCGGUACUGCAAUUAGCUGUAGGAAACAAUUCCCAGGGAAUUUUUUAAAAAGAGCCUAAGGGAUACGUUGACGGAAGUUCCUUGGGAUUUCUGAACUCUAUAAACAUCCUUCCAAAAUGUGUAUAUUCAGCUCAUCUUUUCAAAAUAUUUACCUUGUAAGAGGAACAAUUGGUGAAGCAGAUCUGAAAAUUCAGAAGUUACUGGAGCCGUUUUCAAUCUUCAGAAGUGGUAAUCUAGUAAUAUGAUCGGGGAAUGUAACGCUUAUGUCGAUGCGACAAAAAUUUUCCGUAGCAUCAUAAAAUAAGCAAUGUCAAUAUGAUGGUAUGGAAAAUGUACGGUGUCGAUUUGUUACAGCGACUUACGGAUAAAGAAAACAUUUGACGAUAAUCCAAUCCUGUGGGCUCUUGUAAGCAUUGUGGCAAGAGGUAUGUGGUUCCUUUUUUCUUGAAUAUUUUUGUUGAUUGAUACUUGUAUACUUCUUGUGGUAUUGUUUAGAUCUUAGAAACAUCACUGAGGUGUAAAGGUCAUGAAUUGUGACACCUAAAACGAAAAUGCUAUAGAUCAGAACGACCCUUUUUUUUUUGAGGGGGGCAUAAAAUGUGUUCUGUAUUUAGCACCAAUGGAUUGUUUGAUGGAUCUACCCUUCAAUUUUUUGGAUUGUUCCGUUGAUAAUGUAUCUACCCAAAUUGAUUUCCAAUCAUCAUUGGAUUUUAUGACUGUUACCGCGAAACAGUACAUCGCCCAACUAAUACGUAGCUAUUCACUUUAAGCUUUUUGUGAUGAUAAGCCUGACUGAUUUAUACGUGCUCCCUCAUUCCAUUUAAAACUGCUGUUGUCUUGAGCGUACUGAACAGCUCAUAACUGAAGCUUUAGCUCAGUGUGUUAUCACUCACCUAAAGUAAACGGUAUCAUGUCAAGGACAGUGCUGAGAUUUCUCAUAAUUUAUUUCUCCUCAUCAGGUGUCUCAUCACUGUCCAAAUGCAGCCCUCUAGUGUCCAGUCUACUAGCAACUGUUAUGUCCAACUGGGAAGUAUAUAGAGGCUCGACAGUUGACCAAUCAUCACUAAAUUUUAAAGUCACGUGUUUCAUAACAGACAUUAUGACAAAGGUGAGUAAUGCAAAGAAGCGAAGUGCAAGCUGUAUUCACAUAGCAGAGCCUAUGAAAUACGUGACAAUUAGUUGACGAAGAACUUCCGAGUGUUCUACCUUAUUUUAAGCAUGACAGGUAAAAUAAAUUUCCAAACCGGUAAAGCAAUCAAGUUACCUGUUGAAUUUUCAAGAAUUGCAAGCAAUUUUAAACGGUAAUAAGAGGUACUACAAGCGGUAAAUGUUACCGGUUACUGCCUGAAAAGGAGAACACUGACUUCCUCGUCGAGAACAAGAAGUGUCCUUCUGCUCAUUUCUGGGUUUUUAUUCCAUCGGUAGAGGAAACAUUUGAUGAUCUGUCUUCGUCAUUCAGUUUCUUUGGUAAUUUUGGGUUUGAAAAGAAAGCUGAAUCCUCUAUACCACAUUCGAAAGAGUUUUAAGUAAUCACACAAUUUUUUGUUCCUCUGAGAAUCAUUACGAAGGAAUAGAGAUGUAAGCCUGUGUCUCUUUCGGCUGAGGAAGAAAAACUUUGCUGGUCAGUAACACUGUGAUUUCUUUUUGUAGGCAAGUUGGUUGCCUCCUCCUCUUAGUCGGGUUGGUGCUGUAUUUGGUCUCCUGAAGCCAAAGGAAAUUUACACCAUACUCAACACCAUGUGGAAAGUCCUUAAGGUGAAUACAUGGCAUUGUUUAAUUGUCUUUCUGGUGUGGUAUAAUAUUUCCUAAUAUUUCAAUUUACGACGUUGUCACAGCCCUCAAAUUAACGGCACGUUUCACAGAUAACUUUCAAUGUUACAUGAAAAUCAUGUCAACCACAUGCAUAUCCAGAAAAAUGAACAGCAAAACUUUUAUUCGACAGUAUAAGUUGAAAGACUGAGUUCUGUUCCAUACGUUGACGUUUCUUUUUAAGGAAUUUCCUCCUCCAAGUUCUGCCAUGACACCAGAAGCUACUCGGCAAAGGUGGCAGCAAGGUAAUAAAACUUCUUAUCUGGGUGCAUAAUUCCUAUUCUCUCGCAUUUCGGAUAUAUCUCCUUUUACUGUUACCUUCGAGCAUCAUGAUAUCUAAACGUUAUCUUUGUUAUUUUACGCACCUGCUGUGUUGUUUUUUGAGGCAGCAAGCUUUGUAAUAAAUGAGAAUUAUUUUCGUAUCUUCAUAUUUUUGUCCUGUGACUAAAAAAGGGGAAGAGGGGAAGAAUGAACGGAAGGUCUGUAAUUUUGCCUUUGUAACACUGUUGUACAGGGAAAUAUAACGCUGCGAGUCAGUGCGAGUGACAUUAUCAUCAUUUUGUGAAGUCAAGAUAUCUAGUUUGCUAUACAUCUCAUUACUAAGAAGAAUACUCUGAAACAUCACGUGGCAAGCUAAGUAAUGGCUCUGUCAGCAAAAUCGCGCUGAGCUUUAAAAAAAGAUCGUCGCUCUAACCCACUGAGUUAUGACUUCUUUUUUUCAGGAACAGCCUUCAAAACUCAAAAAGAAGUGGUGAAGGCGAUCUUUGUGAAUAACAUUGAAAAACUUGGUCAUCAUUAUGCUCGUGUGUUUGACGAAUCUUGGUAA